CGUUUGCGCAUAUCUCACACGUACAAGGACACGUGGACCUGGUUCAGCCCUCACCGACUCGUGUAUCGCAGAGACUCAAAGUCCAUGUUGUGUUUCUCUCUCGUCUCUCUCGUUCGUCCUGGUUGAAAACCCUUGCCCAACGCAGGCAAACCAAAACUUUAAUAACUUCUUCUUCCCCUUCAAACUCUCUGAUCGAAGGCAGUCCUUCGUUGUGAAGAUAUGAUCACAUUUUGGUCACCCAGUUAGAUACAAUGGAAAUAGACCAUGUUUGGUUGGACAUACAUGUGUAAUUGCAGUGGACUGCGUUUUUAUGGAAUUCAUUCAGGUUUUUCAAGCUUCAUCUUGGAUAGGAGACCAUACAUAUAACAUGAGCACUCGAGCGGCCAGGUAUGUAAACCGAAGGAAGGAUCGGGUGGACUUAGACCUCAAUAGUGCGCCACCUGGUGACAAUCGGGAUCAGGAGGGAACUUCAACCCCAGCGGAUCCUCAGAAUAAUCAAGCUACCCUGCUAGGGCAGUCUGCACCACCUAAUAUGAUUGAUGUUGAGGCUAUUGAUGAUGAUGUUGUUGAAUCCUCCCCGAGGGCUUUUGCUGAGGCUAAAAACAAUGCCAGGAGGAACCAAAGAAGGAUCACUGUUGAUGUGGAUUUAGAACGAACUAGGGUCACUCGUAACAAGCGCAGAAGAGUUGCACCAAACCAAACAAUAAUUAAUUGUGAUUUCUACAUAAAUUUGGAAAGCAAUAACAAUUCCAGCUCCACGAAAGAGAGUGUUGCACAACCAGCACCUCCCCCACCAAAGGAGCCCACUUUUAGCUGCCCCAUCUGCAUGGCCCCAUUAGUUGAGGAGAUGUCAACGAAAUGUGGUCACAUUUUCUGUAAGGCGUGCAUUAGGGCUGCGAUAGGUGCACAGGGUAAAUGCCCUACGUGUAGGAGAAAAGUAACUAUGAAAGAACUCAUUAGGGUAUUCCUCCCUACGACCAGAUGAGUGUGCAACUCAUGCCUAUAUUGGUGAUGGUUAUUGUAAGGUGCUUUUUGAGGAAGAAGAAUUAAAGAAUUGUUUUGGCAUGCCUGCAGAAAUGAUUUUCCAUACUUAAAAAAUGACUGGUCUCAAAUAUGUGCCGCUUAUUAGGCCUAGUGAGGAUGAUGGUUUUUUGUAUGGAAAAAUCUUAUUGGUUAGUGGGGUAUUUGUACUCUCAUGUCUUGUCACCUUACAUCUAAUUUUAUGCCUCUGUAGCUGAGAUGUUAAUGCAAAUUAGCUUUUGGAUGUGCAAUCAAUGAGGAAAUCUAUCUUCACCCAAAUUCUGUGCUGAAUUGCUGACUGUAGGAGCUUCUUUUCAAUUUGUGGUUUGUGGUUGACCAGUAAUCGUGAACAGGUGUUGAUUACAAUCUAAUAUAAACAGAUUUUCAAUGCC